AUGCGCCAAGUCUCAGAGCUGGAUCUAACCGAUACCCGACCUGAUUUCCCCUCUACGACUACUACCCCGCCCGCAGAUCUCUUUCCAAGGUAUUACGACUCUCCAAAGCUAUCCGAUGGAACCAUAACAUGUGCUGGAAAAGAGUUUCGAAUCCAUAAAAUCGUGCUAUCUGCUCAAUCGAAGUUUUUCUCGAAUGCUUUCGAAGGGAAGUGGAAGGAGUCAGUGGAAAGGAUUAUCCCUCUAAUCGACGAUGAUGUCUCCGCUGUCGAGGCAAUGCUUCAGUUCCUAUACACAUUUGACUAUGACGCUGGCGGGAGCAUGGCUGAUGCUGCUUCACCGAUGGUAUUCAACGUCAAAGUGUAUAGUAUAGCGGACAAGUAUGAUAUUCCAGCAUUGAAGUCAGUCACUAGACAGAAAUUUCAAGAGUCAGUCGAGACGUGCUGGAACAUGGACGACUUUCCGCACGCUAUUGCAGAGGUAUAUAACUCUACCCCGCCAAACGACCAAGGGCUCCGAAGCCUAGUAGUCGAUGUCGCAUGCGAACACAUCACAUCGCUUUUGCAAAAGCAGGGGUUUUGCGACGUUUUGGGAGAGACUGCUGGCUUCGCUUCAGAUUUGGUUCAGCUCCAGGCAAGCAAGCAUAGUUACAGAUGUCCGAAUUGCUCUGGGCACUGGGAAGUUGGUGCAUCUUCAGGAUCCAGCUACCAUUGCCCUCAUUGUGGGAAUCACCGCUCGAACUGGAGUUCGUACAUUGUACGACCGUGA